AGGCGGGCUGCGGCGCCGUGGGCCCGGGCUGCCGCUGUCAUGGACGCCUGGGUCCGCUUCAGUGCUCAGAGCCAAGCCCGGGAGCGGCUGUGUAGGGCCGCCCAGUAUGCCUGUUCCCUUCUCGGCCAUGCUUUGCAGAGACAUGGGGCUAGUCCUGAGUUACAGAAACAGAUUCGACAGCUGGAGGGUCAUCUGAGCCUCGGACGAAAGUUGCUACGCCUGGGGAACUCAGCAGACGCCCUAGAGUCAGCCAAAAGAGCUGUGCACCUAUCAGAUGUUGUUCUGAGAUUCUGCAUCACUGUUAGUCACCUCAACCGAGCCUUGUACUUUGCCUGUGACAAUGUUCUCUGGGCUGGAAAGUCUGGACUAGCUCCCCGUGUGGACCAGGAAAAAUGGGCACAGCGUUCAUUCAGGUACUAUCUGUUUUCCCUCAUCAUGAACCUGAGCCGUGAUGCUUAUGAGAUUCGCUUAUUGAUGGAACAAGAGACUUCAGCUUACAACAGGCGAAUGAAGGUUUCUGGAGUAGGAGUCUCAGGAGGAGUAGAGACUGGGGGACCUGGAGGACCAGGGACUCCAGGAGGAUGUCUGCCACAACUGGCUUUGAAGUUUCAGCUCCGAAUCCUUCUACUGGCUCGUGUCCUUCGAGGUCACCCCCCUCUUCUGCUGGACGUGCUCAGAAAUGCCUGUGACCUCUUCAUCCCACUAGACAAACUAGGCCUUUGGCGUUGUGGCCCUGGGAUUGUGGGGCUGUGUGGCCUCAUAUCCUCCGUUCUGUCUAUUCUCACCCUAAUCUGUCCCUGGCUACGACUCAAGCCCUGACAGACACUGUGGCACGAGAUAAGGAGGGAACCAAGAUGGGUGAGAGGGAAGCUUAAAGUGUCCCCCAUGUGCCAGCCUCACUGUAAUUCAAUUCCUUGACUGAAGUUAAAAUCCAGAUACUUAGGGAUGAGGGGAAGAACCUGCCAAAGACAGGUCAGGAAGGCGAUGCUAGUGGGAAGACUCCAGCAUGCCUUGCGGUUGGUCUUCAGUUCCAGUGCCAGAAUCUCUUAGCUCUCCUCCCUUUAUCUGUCUUGAGUCUAGUUAAGAAUUUGUUACCAUGAGACAGAAUUCUCUUUCUUAGUCUCCUAUCCAGAUACUUAAAAGGGGGAGGGAUUACUUUUUGGUAGGGGGAGCAUAAGUUAUGGAUGGUAAAGUGCUAAUUGUAUUCUUUUAUGUAGCAUAUUUUUCUCUCUCCCACCCUCCACCCUUUUCCAGGCUUUGUUUCGUGCCCAGCACACUCUUCCCUCACACCUCUGCAGGCUGUUGAGGCUUCUUCCCUGAGUCUGCCUCAACAGACUGCCUCCUGAUUUAGCCCAGACGCUCCUCUGGCCUCCACACUUUUCAGUUUCUAAGUACACUUUGAUAUUAGAGUUUCCUUCCCCACUUGGCUCUGGCCCUUUCUUUAACUCUCCAGACUGAUGCUGUGUCUGGCCUCUUGCUGUAAAUACUGUACAAUGAUUCUAUGUAAAUAACUGGUCCUUGCCCACAGAGCAAGCAAGCCUUCCAGGCCAAAAAAUUAAAGAUCAGUUUACUCAC